AUGAUGAUUCCCGGACCCGAUCUCGAUGAUUUGAUGGCCGAAGGUACAACGGACUCAAUGGGACAGUUUUUGCUUUUCGGUCACACCUCGGAACCCUGUCAACGAAAAGUGUCAUUUUUCAUUCCCAAGGACUACGUGUCAUCGGGUGAACAACCAAAGAAAUUCUUCGAUAUCGGUCAUAUAAAUAUGCAAAUCCAGUUCAAAUCCGAGGAACGAGACUGUCUGCAUAGGCGAUGA